AAAAGUUUUUCGACGGUGUCGUUUGUGUUGUGAUUUUCCUCUAUUCCAGUGGAUAUUUUCCUUUUCCUAGAGCAAACCUUUUCUCUUUGUAAUCUGUAAUCAUUCACGUUGAAUUUGCAGCAUUAGUUCGUUCCCGACGUCUGUUUAUUCUGCAGAAUGUCCGACGAUGAUUGUCCCCCGCUUUGCGAGAUGGAAACGGGUGGCGAUUCCAACGGCGAGGAAGAGGAAGCAGACGAAUGGGAAGUCGCAGAGGAACAGAACGAUCCGGUGCGGUGCUUGUUUUGCGAGCAAAUUUCCCCGACUAUGACGACGGCUAUUCGGCAUUCCCGCGACAGACACGAGUUUGAUUUGGCCGAAGUGCGCCGCCGGUAUCAUCUGGACGAGUAUUCCUACAUUAAAAUGAUCAACUACAUUCGGUUGGAGAAACCGGACCCGGCGGUGUUUAAAACUGGUGGGAGUAUCUUUUGGUCCGACGAUAAGUAUCUAAAACCGGUGGAGAACGAAACCUGGUUGAUGUUCGAUCUGGAUGAGCUGGAUGAGAUUAUGCUGAACGGAAAUGGUGGCAUUGGGACGAGGGACAAUGGUAACGAAAUUGGGGAAACAAUGACACUGACUACCGAUCAGUACAGGAAGUUGCAUGGAAUCAUUAAUGAAUUGACUGCUCAGCUGAGGGAAAAGGAAAAUCUGUUGCAGCAUGCCGCUAGUGACAUUGAAAAGAUGAAGGAAAGCUUCCGAAAUUUGCUGGAACAGCAGAACGAGCAAACAGCUGCCUGUAAGAAGCGAUGUUCGGAGGAGAAAAUCGCAAUUAUUAGGGAAGAGCUGAAGCACUGUGUCAGCGUGGUUGCCGCCGAGGAUGAUCAGAGCUAUUUUAAUACCUAUUCUCAUUUUGGGAUUCAUCAUGAUAUGCUGAGCGAUUACGUCCGUACUGCAAGCUAUAGAGAUGCAAUUUUGAACAAUGAUGCUCUCUUUAAGGACAAAACGGUGUUAGAUUUGGGCUGUGGAACGGCCAUUCUUUCGAUGUUUGCUGCCAAAGCAGGAGCGAAAGAAGUAAUCUCCGUUGAUCAGUCCGACAUUAUCUACCAGGCGAUGGAUAUUGUUCGACGGAACAAAAUAAAUAACAUUAAGUUUGUUAAGGGUCGACUGGAGGAUUGCGAGCUACCGGUUGAAAAGGUGGAUCUGAUUGUGUCCGAAUGGAUGGGAUAUUUUCUGCUGUUCGAAGGAAUGAUGGAUAGUGUUAUCUAUGCCAGGAAGCAAUAUCUAAAGGAAGGAGGGAUUAUUCUACCGAACAGAUGCAAUAUUAGUCUGGUUGGUUAUGGGGAUACCGAACGGCACGAUGAGUUUAUCGGUUUCUGGCAGGACGUUUAUGGUUUUGAUAUGUCCUGCAUGAAGAAGGAGGUACUGCGAGAGGCAACCGUAGAAGUUUGCAAACCAGAACAUGUUAUAACGAACGCUAACAUAAUUGCAAAUUUCGAUCUGAUGGAGGUGGAUGUUGAUUGUCCGAACUUUAGUUAUAACUUCGAACUGACCGUUAAAAGAAAGUGCAAACUUACGGCGCUUGUUGGUUAUUUUGAUACGUUCUUUGAAUUGCCGGAGCAUGUGGAAUUCUCCACCUCACCGUAUACAAAACCAACGCACUGGAAGCAGACCAUCUUCUAUGUUGAAGAGCCAAUUCCAGUGGAGGAAGGACAGGUAAUUAAAGGUAAGUUUAUAUGUAGACGUGAUCCUAAAGACGCCCGAUCGCUAUUUAUCACAAUCGAGUACUUGGAUAAGGUGCACAAGUACACACUAAACUAGCAGAUUGGGAUACUCAUUCUGCUGAACUAAUCGAAAUAGAAGAACUAAGCAACCAUAAGCUUUAAGUGGCCACAGAACCACAAUAUGAAGAUUGACGCAAAGAUUUCAAAUUUUAUCGAGUAAAACUAAAAACUUGUUUGAUGAUGGUGGUUGUGAGUUUAGAGUAAAGUUGUGACAAGCAAAACAUAAAACAGGCAAACCAAUCCAACUGCCUUGACGGAAUUAGUUUUCCUGUAAAAAUGCUUUAAACUAGCCCUAGUACCAAUAGCCCAGUAUUUUCUUCCAAACGUUUUUCUCAACAAUCGACCAAUCUUAGUAGUGCUGAGCAAAGCAGAAAAAUACCCUAGAGACAAUCAGUUUUGGUACGGCUCCCUGGCCAAAACUAUUGCUACCAUGAUAGGCUCUAACUUUUCUAUUUCGGAAUAGGUUGAAGUAGUAAUUUAGACGAAAAAAAACAAUACAAAAUUGCGUAGUAGAAAAACAUUUUUAGCAAAAAAACGAAUCACAACCGGAAAGCUUUAAUUUUUUAACAAUCUAAAUUUUUGUACACAUAACGUUUCAUCCUUCGGAAAAUAAUGUAUUUUUGAUACAAAAAGUAAUGAAACCUUAGUUGUUACUUGCUCUAAUCAAGACAGGAAUUAUCAUGCUUCCAAUGUUGGUACGGAAAUUUAUGCUACUAUCUAUAAUGAAUUUACGAUGGAAAAGGUUUUUCUUGAUAGGAAAACAACAGAAGAAAUUACAUUUCUGAAUAAUAUAUAAAAACUAAGAUUUAAAAUGCAUGAACAGGUUUAAAUAUUACCGAAGCAUAUCGUCAGAUUACACAACGUUAAAUAUUCACGUCGCUUUACCAGAUUAACGCAGCAGGCCUAGCCACUAGACGAAAGUUACAUUGUCACGUUAUUUGUAGAUAGACACAAACUCACACACACAUACUUACAAUCAGAAUAUUGUAAUGGAAUUGCAAGCUAAAUCUGCAUUUAAUGGAUAAUAAAUAGCAAUUUACAAUCUUAAACCAAAAUAAUACAAUUAAAACACAACUUAGCACAGCAUCAUCUGUACGUUCAGCUAGGGCGAUAUUGGAACUGUAUCGCUGGCGACCUAAAAUAAUCGUUGCUGUUUCUGCUUAAAUUUUGUUACAUAAUACAUGUUUAUAGGAUUUUACACAUUUUUAGCGUAGAUCAAUCAUUCGUAUCACGGGAAGCGACAGUUAUUUCUCGCUCAGUACAAAGCGAAAGGAACGUAAUAAGGGAUCAGAAGGUGAAGCAGGUACCAUCUAGAGUUGGUUUAAGCGUCAUUAGGCAACACUUAAAAAGCAAAUAACCCUUAAAAUCUUUUGAAUAAACUCUAAAAUGAAAUAUUUCAAAUCUACUUGACUUGAGAAAUUGGAAAUACGGAACAUACCUUGAUAUAAUGUCAGCCUUCAUUUUUCCCAGGCUGAGGCUACUACGGUAAUUCAUUAUGGAAUAGUUAAACUUUAGGCAUUUACCUAUUAUAGUUUUCAUACAAAUGCCAAACUCAUAAAAUAGUAGACUGUUCACACAGUAUAGGUGCGUUUAGACUGGGCAAUUUUUUAACAACUUGUGGAAUGCGACAUGUUGACAUAUUGCUCUAUAUUGUUUCUGUUGCCACCUUACUUGGGAACAUCGGUGUUACCUUUGAAAUUAACAUAAACUGACGAGAAAAAUAUAAUAUGUCUUUAUUCAAUGGAACCUAAGGCAUACUUGAUAUCUUCUAUGGGAGCAUCUCUCCCUGUGAUGUGCAAUGAUAGUGCUGACAGACUGCUUACUGACAAAAGGAGAUAGCAGCAAGGGGAAAGAAGAACAUCCACACGUGUUGAAUAGAGGUUAACACGGAUAUCAACAGCACAGGAAGAGGUUAACAAGACAACACAGGAGAAUGUUAGCAAGACAAUCAACACGGUGAAAAACGGUAAAGCUUCUGGAAAGGAUUGUAUCCCGGUUGAACUUCUAAAAGCGUGAUUCUGCCUGUAAGCACAGGUUAUUUCUCGUAUCCUAUUCUGUAGAUGUCUUUCGACGACGAGUAUCAUGCUAAUCUUUGUGAGAGUCGCUUCACGACGAAUCAAAUGUUUACCUUGCGCCAGUUACUAGACAAGUUCCAGGAGUACAACUUACAGACUCACCAUCUAUUUGUGGACUUUAAGGCGGCGUACGAUUCAGUAAAACGAGAUAAGCUUUGGCAAAUACUGCUAGUUGCAUGGUUUUCAACGAAACUAAUUACGGUGAUUCGUGCGACGCUGGAUGGGCAUCAUGCGUCAGAAUAGCG